CUGAAUCAUCAUCUCAGUAUUUGUAUAAUUGUGUUCGCCUACUCCUUUUCCGCUCAGAUCUCAAUUGCUGUCCCACUAUUACCACACUACGGAUUAAACAUUCAUUUCGAGAGCGCAGAUGCACUCUGCACAUCCAAGGGCUCGAGACAUGACAGUGACAAACCACAGUGUGUGUGUCCCGUGGGUACGCAUUUACGUCUGACGGAUACAACUGUCGGAGCUGGUCCACGCACUUACUAUUUCGGCGGUCCUCUGGCUCAACUCGAACUGGCACUCGUACAGUUUGCACUGGAUCGUCUCAACCAGACUGGAUUUUCGCUGGUCUCCGUGCCUGACAUUCUCCCCGAGCCGAUCAUUGAGGCCUGUGGAUUUCCCACUCGGGGUAUACGGUCCCAGGUUUAUCGACUAUGCACCUCCCCCGGAAGCGAGCUGACCUAUUGUCUGUCUGGUACGGCCGAAAUGGGUUUGGCCUCAUUCUGUGCUGGGCGCACAUUUGAUUAUGACGAUGGUACCACAAGCACUGCGGUCGGUUUGUGUGCGGUUAGUCGAUGCUUUCGUCAGGAAGCACCUCAUCAGGAACCGCCACUGUAUCGUGUGCACCAGUUCACCAAGGUGGAUCUUUUUCGAUGGCCGACGGAUGCCAUGUUUGACAAUUUGGUGCGUUUGCAAAUCGGAAUGUUUGCCGAUCUGGGGUUACAUUUUCGGGUUUUGGAAAUGCCAACUUCCGAACUGGGUAGUUCCGCGCAUCGCAAGAUCGAUAUUGAAGCCUGGAUGCCUGGGUCUGAAAUGUUCGGUGAAGUGAAUACCAUUAUUAGCACUUUUCUUCAGUUUCAGUUUUUACAACCAUCAACCAUGCAUUUUCGUGCUGUCUUUUGGUUGCCCAUUUGGAUAAAAAGGCAGAAUGAAGAUUGGAAUGUUGAAAGCAGGGUCAAACGAAAGAUAGAGAAUUCAUAUAGGUUAUUGAAGUUGCGAGAAUAA